AUGGAGAGCCAGCGGGAACCGAGUGCAAGAGGAAGCCCGUUGCCUAGACCGCAGACCUGGGAAUGGCCAGUGUCCGGUCUGGCAUCUUUAAACGUGCCCGUAUCCCCACCUCGAAAGAGACGGCGUCACAACCCUCGAACAGGUCUCCUUGCUUCUGGCAAAAGGUCAGGCCCUAGCCUUGCUGCCAUAGAGGCGGGCAAGGCCCACGUAGACAACCAUCUGGAGAUAUUCUCCUCUCGCCUUAUUGAGACAACACGGGAACCGGUUCCCUCUAUUCCUCGUCUCCCACACCGAGACUGGAUCGAGCUGUAUUUACGGAAUCAACAUCUAAAUGGGAGGCACUUUGUGGUUCAUCAACACGACCAUCCGAUUACCGGCCCCCAUUACGAUCUGCGUCUACAGUUUUCAGAUACUAGCUCGAUAAGCUUUGCGAUAAUGUACGGGCUACCGGGCAACCCGAAUAGUAGGAGACCGAAUAGAAACGCCAUAGAAACACGAGUUCAUAACCUGUGGAACCACUUGAUAGAGUCUGCAUCAACGAGUUCGGGAAGCCUUAUAAUAUGGGACACAGGAGAGUAUUCUAUACUUCCGUAUCAUGCGCCCAAAGACGCAACCGAAACAGAUUAUUCUCGUUCACAUUCCAGUGAUGCGUCUGAUAUCGACGGGAUGUCGGAGAGUGACAAGUUAAAGGAGGCGUUUCAACAGCGAAAAAUUCGGCUAAGGUUGCAUGGAACCCGCCUGCCACCAAAUUAUACCGUGACCCUACGUCUCACAUCUGACAACGAUAUCUCCUUACGGCCCAAAAGGCGGAGCAAAACACGAAAGAGAAGAAGGAACGUGGCGUGUUGUGGAAAAAGAUCUUCUGCGUCGUGUUCAUCUUCGCCUUCGACCAACCAAGACACCGGAGUAUCUAACCACAACACCCGUUUUGCACAUCAUUCCGAUGAAGAGGAUGAAACAAUUCGAGUGACGAAUGCUUAUCCUGGUGCGACUAACUCGAUCUCGUCGGUUCAUCAGAGACAAUGGUUCUUAUCACUUGAUCGCGUGAACUCUGGAUUCGAGCAUCGUUUCGAUUCUUCUGUCGGACGGUAUUCUUGGGUGCGGAAGACCGUUGAGGAGCAUGAUGGGGGGCGUCGGUUGUUAGGGUUCGAGCCGUUUACCGUUUAUGGGCCGGAAAUUGAGCGGAGUGUUGUCACAGGACGGUUGGGAGGUGAUGUCUUCCAAGAUGAAGGAGUGGAGAAUUUUGUCGGACGGAGCGGUUGGAGGCCGAUUCUAAUUUAG